AUGAGGAAACCAUUAAUGCGAAUCCCCUAUACUGACAUUCUCCCGUCGCCAACAAUCAUCCCUGCCUCGGCCCAUUCUCUCCAAGGUGCCCUCGCCGCCCUCCACAACUUCUUCGCAGCGCCUCCACCUAACCAGCUGCCUCACUCUACCGUCGUUCUCACAGGUGCCGGACUGUCGGUAGCAUCUGGGCUGGCCGACUACCGAGGCCCCAAUGGCACGUAUCGAGUGAACAAGACGUAUCGUCCCAUCUACUACAACGAGUUUGUACAGAAUCACGAGGCUCGCAAGAGGUAUUGGGCUAGGAGUUUUCUUGGAUGGUCUAGUCUUCUCAAGGCAAAGCCCAAUUCCGGGCACUAUGCAAUCAGAGAUUUGGGGCAGCUGGGCUUAAUAAGUGCUGUCAUUACGCAGAAUGUUGAUUCCUUCCACCCUAUAGCCCAUCCCCAAAUCCCUUCGCUCGAGCUCCAUGGCUAUCUAAGGUCAACCAAAUGCACUACCUGCCACACUGAAUAUUCACGCGAGGAAUUCCAGCAUCACCUUGCCCGGCUGAACCCUCGCUGGGCAGCUCUUCUGGAAGAGGCGCUGGCAUCGGGAGCUCUCGACACAGAGGAUCCUGAGGAAAAGAGGUUCAGAGGGUUAAAAGUCAACCCCGAUGGCGAUGUUGACUUUCCCGAUGCACCUUAUACCACAUUUAGGUACCCUCCCUGCCCUCGAUGCUUGGCCGACCCACCUAUCAAGCCGAAUGUUGUCAUGUUUGGCGAGAACAUUCCCACCCACGUCCGAACUGCGGCCGAGGAUGCCGUCGAUAACGCCGGCAAGCUUCUUGUCCUCGGGACAUCGCUUGCCACCUAUUCGGCAUGGAGAUUGGCUAAAAGAGCCAAAGAGAGGGGCAUGCCCAUCGCCAUCGUCAACAUGGGUGGCGUAAGGGGGGAGGACCAAUUCUUCGAAGAUGUAGAUCCUAAGCAGGCCGGCGAACGAGCCGUCAGGGUUGAGGUGUCGACAGACGAUCUUCUCCCAACUCUGGUAUCUCAGCUUCGCCAGAGGCUCGCAUCUACGCUGCCUCAUGAUACCGCACUGCCCAACGAUCUGCGAGAAAACUCGUCCAUCUUCAAAGAUAUGCUCUCUUAG